AUGGUCGCUCCCUCCUCCUCGCUCCCUGCCUCCCGGACACGCCUGCAGCCCGGGUCCUGGAGCGAGCCGUCCUCGAGUCGCGCGUCCGAGAGGUGGAGGAGGAGAACCGGCAGAUCCGCCUGCAGCUCAGCCAGUCGCAUGGCACCGCUGCCCAGCCGCCGGACGGUAACUAUGGCAACCAGCAGUGGGGAGCCUCGGCGGACACGGGGCCCGAGGACGGGGACAACACGGCCGAGGAGAAGAACAACCACACGGAGUGUCCCCGGUCGCCCACCGUCCAGAAGUGUGAGCUGAUCCAUGUAGCGUGCGUUUGUGCCGGUCACAACGCCAGCAGAGACGUGGUCACGCUGGUCAAGUCCGUCCUCUUUCACAGGAGAAAUCCUCUUCACUUCCAUUUCAUCACCGACACCGUAGCCAAUCGCAUCCUGAGUUCUCUGUUUCAGUCCUGGAUGGUCCCGUCUGUGCAAGUCAGCUUCUACGACGCCGACGAACUCAAGUCCGAGGUGUCGUGGAUCCCCAACAAGCAUUACUCAGGUAUUUACGGCUUGAUGAAGCUGACGCUGACCAAAGCUUUGCCCUCCGACCUGUCCAAGGUCAUCGUCCUGGAUACGGACAUCACCUUUGCCACCGACAUCGCCGAGCUCUGGGGCAUCUUUAGAAAGUUCACCGACAAACAGGUGAUCGGUCUGGUGGAGAACCAGAGCGACUGGUACCUGGGGAACCUUUGGAAGAACCAUAAACCGUGGCCGGCGCUGGGACGAGGCUUCAACACAGGGGUCAUCCUCCUCUACCUGGAGCGACUGAGACGGAUCGGUUGGGAGCAGAUGUGGCGGCUGACGGCGGAGAGGGAGCUAAUGAGCAUGCUCAGUACGUCGCUGGCGGAUCAGGACAUCUUCAACGCCUUCAUCAAGCAGAACCCUGUCCUGGUGCACCAGCUGCCCUGCUUCUGGAACGUUCAGCUGUCUGAUCACACUCGCUCCGAGCAGUGCUACACCGAGGUGUCUGACCUCAAGGUGAUCCACUGGAACUCCCCAAAGAAACUACGAGUGAAGAACAAACACGUGGAGUUCUUCAGGAACCUCUACCUGACCUUCUUAGAGUACGACGGAAACCUGCUGAGACGGGAACUGUUCGGCUGCCCGAGUCAGGCCAGUCCAGACAGCGUGCAGCUGCAGGCGGCUCUGGAGGAGCUGGACGAGGACGAUCAGUGUUACGACUUUCGACGGGAGCGACUCACUGUUCAUAGAGUCCACCUCUACUUCCUGCAGUACGAGUACACGCCCACCGAGGACGACACGGACAUCACGCUGGUGGCCCAGCUCUCCAUGGACAGGCUCCAGAUGUUGGAGGCCAUCUGUAAGCACUGGGAGGGCCCCAUCAGCCUGGCGCUCUACAUGUCCGACGCCGAGGCUCAGCAGUUCCUCCGAUACGCUCAAGCCUCAGAGGUCCUCAAGAACCGCAAGAACGUCGGCUACCACAUCGUCUACAAGGAGGGCCAGUUCUACCCCGUCAACCUGGUGAGGAACGUGGCCCUGAAGAACGCCAACACGCCGUACGUGUUUCUGACUGAUGUGGACUUCCUCCCGAUGUAUGGUCUCUACGAUUACCUCAGAAGGUCUGUGGUGCAGCUGGACAUGGCUCACACUAAGAAGGCUCUGGUGGUUUCGGCCUUCGAGACGCUUCGUUACCGUCUGUCCUACCCAAAAUCCAAAGCUGAGCUGCUCUCUAUGCUGGACAUGGGGACUCUCUACACCUUCAGGUACCAUGUGUGGCCCAAAGGUCACGCUCCGACCAACUAUGCCAAAUGGCGAACAGCCACCACGCCGUAUAAGGUGGAGUGGGAGCCGGACUUUGAGCCGUACGUCGUAGUGAGGCGGGACUGUCCGGAGUACGACCAGCGCUUUGUGGGCUUCGGCUGGAACAAAGUGUCCCACAUAAUGGAGCUCGAUGCACAGGAGUACGACCUGAUGGUUCUCCCCAACGCCUUUAUGAUCCACAUGCCCCACGCUCCCAGCUUCGACAUCUCCAAGUUUCGCUCCAGCUCCAGCUACCGCAACUGUCUCAACACCCUGAAGGACGAGUUCCACCAGGACCUGUCCAGGAAGUACGGCUCAGCUGCUCUCAAGUACCUCACGGCCCAGAGGAACAUCUAAAAACCACAACCGAUGAGAGGCAGCGAGUCCCCGCCAGCCUCGAGUUCCCGACAUGUACCGAGGCAGCAGUGCGCCGCGGCCCGCUAACGCCGCACAGCACAAACAAUGAAAGUAAAGCUUUACAGCCCCUGUGUAACAUUUUGGGGGCUCCUCGUGCAUUAAUUCUCCAGUCGACUCCAGCUCAAGGCGACAAGAGGACGAGGCGCAAAGACCAAAAACCGGACAGAGUGAUGGUGGUUUUUUCGAAACGCAGGAGUCACCGGGCUAAAGGAGGCGAUCAAUGGGUGAGGAUCGGACUAGCUUUAAGGUGGAGAAGAAGCGCAUUCUUACAAUUUGUUCUGACAAUCAGAGCCUUUGGGGACACGGUGCGGAUCAGUCCGUCCACAUCGAGAUCUGGACCCGACAGGACCCGUGGUGUUCUGGGGAAAGAGAAGUUUGUGAGGCCAGUCGAACUGGAGAAAGAUUUAAGCCUUAUCACUUUUCACAAUAUUUACGGAGAUAUUCAAAGAUGUUUUAGUUCUUUUCUUUUUUCCAGUGUAAAUCAGAACCAAUCAAUAAUGAACAUUUACAAAGUUUUGAUUACGAGCUUACACAAGAAUCCGUUUAUUUUUCCUUUCUAUAUUUUCUGACCUCUUUCAAAGAAAGUCCAUCAAGUCCCAGUCGAACUAUGUCCAAUUUUCUGUGAGCUUCAGGGAUGUGCUUUGUGUGUGUGUUUGUAUGAGAGUGUGUGUGUUGCAGCUGCAUUACAUGGCUCGUCUCCAAUACACUCACUGAUUGUCGUCAACAUCGCUCUCGUUCUGUCUCAUGUAUUAGCUUGCAUGUAAAGGGUUGCACUACACGUUUUUAUUUUAUUCUUAUUUCACUUGGGGACAUUUAACUUUUUUUUUCCCAUCAUGCAUCCCUCUGGAAGAAGCAACAAUCCUUUCAUAAUAACAGAUCUAUCAUCACUAAUGGGACCAACUCGGACACGUUAAGUGAGUUGGUAUGAAUGAAUUUUGACUUUUUUAUGUUUUUUACAUUCAUCAAAUUAUGUCUAAAUCACUGGAUUUAAAUGUGCCGUCUACUGAACCCUGUUUGUUUCUUUGUAAAGUUCAACUGAAAUGACAAAAUUCUCUCUGUUCUGAAAUAUGUAUUUGUCGUUUUAUUCAAUCAAAAGCAUAAUAUCUUGUUUUUAUGAAUCACACAGAAAUCCAAAAUUAAGCCUCCAAACUCAAAAACAAUGCAUUUGAAGUUGUGUUUGGACUCUGACUGUGUAUGUUGUUCUGCAAAUGUUAAUUUCCCUUCCUGGCUUUCAGGAAGUGAGUCCAACAGUCCGACCCCCCCCCCGAAAUAUACGCCGCUAAUGUAGCUAAUGCUAGCUUCCUAGCUAAAGCCUCCUUCAUUCAUUCAUUCAGAUUCUUUAAAUGGGGCAGAUGAAGAGGUGUGCAAAGAUUUAUUUUUCAACUGGGCUUUCAUGAAAAAAUUCUAUCCACAGAACAAUGAAAUGAAAGAUGUUUCAUUUCUGCACUUUGGAUUCAGGUUUUUUAUAAACACAAGAUGCAAAAACUUAACGUUGCAAUCGAAGUAAAUCACGCAGGACAGUUUCAGUUGGACUUUAAUUUCCUGAUCGUCUUUGUUUUAAUUUAAUGUAAAAUUUUCACAAUUGUUUUCAAAAGAUAUCUGUCAGUCUGUCCAACCAUCUCAAGAUCAUGUGACAACAUUCAGGGAGUGGAUUCUCGCGGUCCCCAGAGAUCUGCUCGUUAUGAUUGUGACUCCUUUUAUUCUUUACACACACCUGAUUAUCAGUAUUUGAUUAACCAAAGUUUUGGCCCUUGACAUUUCAAAAUGUUUGACCAGUAAGGGCCUGUGUCCACAGAUAGCGUCUCUGAACGCUUCUCACCAGCGUUCACUGUUGCUAGGUUACUAAAGUUAACUUCUGCUGCCCUUGGUAAUGUCCGUUAGGGGAGCGUUUAGACCGCUCUGCCCCCCAAAAAAAAAAAAGGCAAGCGUCUCCUCUGCCAUUGUUUUGACAAAGCUGAUGUUGUAAGUCCCGCCCUGUCCUGAUUCUGAUUGGUCCGUGAGGGUGAUGUGAGAUUGAUGAGCGUGGUGCUGUUUUCAAACUAAGAGCGCUGUGAGUGCAGCGACAAGAAACAGCUGAUGCUGAGGGCGUUAGACGCUUAGCAUCAAUUUAGUACUGAAAACGAGCGCCGUCUGUGGACACGUCUGGCCCUUACGCACGCACUCUGGUGUGUGUUUGAGCUCCCCCAGAGGACGAUCCUCUCCUCUUCGACAUGUCGAAUCAUAUUUAUGUUGUUUAUUUGGUUGUCCCCCACUUCAUUCGGACAGAAAUCGAGCAGAGAAGAAAAGAUUAAAGUCUGGAAUCAUUUGAGGAAAAGGAAAAAGGCCGAAUAAGUAACGGGUAAUCCUGAGUGUCGGUGUGUGUGUGUGUGUGUGUGUGUGUGUGUGUGUGUGUGUGACAGCUGCAGGCUCGCACAAAGGUGGAGUGGGAAGGCGUGAGUGUGAACCGCAAAGAGCCCAACCCCCCCUCCCACCGCCCACCACCCACCCCCACCAUCUGCACCGCCUCCAUUGACGUGUUGUUGAUUGUGGUAAAUGCUAGUGCCUUUGCUGUAUUGUGAAACUGGAUAUUGAUUGUACUGUUGUGGCGACAGGGCCUGGGGAAAGUCAGGCGCUCUAUUUAUUAUUGUUGACUCAAAUCAAUCAUAUUUUUCUAUGUAAGUGCUUUAAAUAAAAUUUGCCCUUUUUUAA